AUUGCUCCUUCGACACAAGUGUGCACCAAAAUGCAUGCCUUUCUAAUAUACUGUCUGUGACAUCAUCAGCAAUUAACUUAAUGCCCUCCUCCCUCCAACUACUUUAGUUCUAACACAGGGAUUAGAAUUCCACAGCCUCGGCAGAGCCUUUGCAGGGAAGGAACAAUAACCACAACUCAUCUCCAAACUUCCAAAGCCCAACAGACAAGAUUUAAAAGGACCACCAAGCUCUCUACUGAGAAAAGAUCCAAGACCCUACAGAGUCCUGUCUGGUACCCCAAGGUCUGACUCUCCUUCUGCGGGAUGGAGCGUUCAACACAGGAGCUGUUCCUCAACUUCAUGGUUGUCUUCAUCACUGUCCUGCUAAUGUGGAUCAUCGUCAAGUCUUAUCAAAGCUAAUGAAGGCCCUACGACAUGGAUGAAAGUUACUGCGAGAGUCUCUGUGAUCACUGGAGAAUAUUAUCUGCACAUCAGCAAGUUGUGUACCUUCUCCCAGCUUCUAGGCCCUUGUGUCCUUCACCUGCACCAUGAUUGAACAUCAAGAUCAACUUUCACCUGUUUGUCCUUUAUUCUGUGUGCUCUGAGAAUCCACUGUAAUGUGCAUGAGGGUGAAGUGAAUGAAAGUUACGUUGAUGAUAUUUAAAUAGAAAAGCUAUGUUUAGUCUGUGAAUGCUGAGUGAAGAAUGGAACUUGCGUUUCAUCAUUAACUGUAGAAACGAUGUAUAUGUUUUGACGAGACGCAGAAUGGAAUCUUUCACAUCCGCUCAGAUUCCGUGCUAAUAAAUAUUUCGGCUGGAAACUGA